UGCUGUGAACAGAACACAACGGCUUGUCCCCAAAAACCCCUGCAAGGAAAGUCCUGACAAAUGGGGUACUCUUAAGCUGUGGAAUAAGUCCAUUUAGCUAGAAAUAUCGCUGUUUAUUCCAGUUUUGUGUCCUCAAGAAGACUGUUUUUGUGUGUGUGAGGCAAGAGGAUAAAUUUAAAGCACGGUAAAAUUGCAUCAAAUUAGCUCCCAUAAAUCCUGACCAACGAUCUUUCACCUUGUCCAUUUAAACCGGUUUGACGGGCAGUGUGCUAGUUUCACCUAGUGGUGAGAAAACGAGCUUCAAAAUUUAUCAAACAUUCAACGGACUUUGUGCCGAAGACAAUGGAAAGAAGUGACUGGAAAAUGUGUGCGUGUGUGGAAAGUGUUUUAUUUUAGACCGUCACCUUCACUACCGUACGGUUUGACUCCGGAACUUGAUCUUUCACCCCAUUUUUUUUUCUUCUUCUGCAAAUCACCGCCUGAAAGACAAUCCUGCCAAAGGAGCACCGAAACGAGUCCUUGUCGUGUUUUAUCAAAUUUAUGGUACCACAUCAGAGACGGGCGUAAUUGAGCCGAAAGUGCUUGACUCGGUGUUUGGUACGUGGUGCGUGCUUCACCCAUCUUCUGGAGGACAGUUUUUGGGGCUACUCGGUCCCCGGUAUCGCCAUCAUCACUAUUAUCAUCAUCACCCUUUGCUCCCGCGGGAGUGUGCUUUCGGUUUCAACGCAUACUCAAUUUCCGGUUGGCCGAGCGAGGCAUUGGUGACGAGGGGAAAAAUUUAAUAAAUCAUCAUUCUUCUUGCAACCUCACCGAUGCGCACGACUACCGUCUCGCGUCAAAGAACACUCUUCACAUAGCCUAUCGGUUUGAUAAGACGCUGUGAAAUCAGUGGAAAGGAAUGUGACGAAAAAAGUGGUGAUAAUUUUUCCCGCUUUGAUUCGGUAAAUAAAAGGGCUUCUACAAGACCGGGGUGACUUCUGUGGCGGUGAAGAUGUAGGACGAGAUACAGAUUUUUUUUGUGUUGCGUUCCAAUCACGGUUCAGAAACACCGCUGAACGUGAAAAAAACCGUUGAUAUUCUCUUUCAUUGUGUUUGAAUGUGUUUUCAUGUGCGUGAUUUCGUGUGUGUGUGUGUGUGCGGUUCGUGUUCUUGAAGAUUGGCCGUCAUCGCUGGAUUCCGGCACGCGAAGACGACACUUGAACGAAAAUUGGAUUUCCUGCUCCAUUGGAGCCACCAUUCGAGGACAACACAGCCAAAAAAGGGGGAAUUGCAGCAAAAGCAAGAUUCAGUGUGCUAUUGCGCUACAGGACUUUUUGUGCAAUUUCUUUCGAGUGAAGCCUGCGACGAUAAACGAAGGAAACGAAGCCUGUGCCAAUCAGUCAGUGUUAAAUGGUGGUUUAAUCAGUCGGUGGUUGGUGUGUGAUGUAGUGCAGUGAAUCACAAGUGAAGAAAGAGAAGCGAUAAAAAAACAUCCCGCUGCAGUGCUGUCGAGAAGUUGAAUAAUUAAUUACGCAGGAAUAGAAUAGCAGCGGCUAGCGAAACUUGGCUGGAAAGGAAAACAAAAAGCUGCCAGGGAAAGAAUAAAGCAUCGGUAAGGAAAUGCUUGUCUGGGUGCUAGUGUGCGUGUGAAACAUAAUUGGCGUUUGUGCGCGCUCCGAGCGAGUAGUUAAAAUUGUUUCUCGGUUCCUUUUUGUAGCACGUGGUGCCACAUCUCGUUAGUGGAUGCGAUUGAUUCUAGCGAGUAAAUAACAUUUAAAAUUCCAUAAAUAAACUAGCCCCCGGUGUCGUAAGCGUUCGAGGCAAAAGAUUGUCCUGUUGUAAGGAGAGAUAGUAAGAAAACUAUCUUAUCAAAACGGUGCAGCAUAAAAGGGUGGGCCUUCAAUGUAAUGUGCAGCGCGUGCUACUGAAGUGUUUCCCUCAAACAACGACCUACCGAACCAACCAACAAUGCGAAGCGCGCGUGUAGCAACGUUUAGCCGAAGAAUCGCACGUUCCCAUCGUUAAAAGGUGACCCAUUCCUGGUCGAUCGGUCGAGUCGCAAACAACUGCGGGCCCAACCACGCUCACGUCUAUGCCGUUGGCGGGCGCGUCCUAACCAUAAUGGAUGUACGCGGCCUCGCCCAGGGCAUUUUGCUGCUGCACAUUCUUAAAGGCGUCAUUCUGCUCGAUCUUCAGGGACCAGUGUUCUUGAGCGAACCACCGUACAAGGUAGAAUUCUCCAAUAACUCUGGCGGCCUCAUCGACUGCACCGGACAUGGUAGCCCUCCACCAGAUGUCGAGUGGUCGGUAGCGACCACCAAUCACGAGCUGGUCUACACGCUGCCGAACGGAAGUCUGAUUUUUUAUCCAUUUUCUGCGGACAAAUUUCGUCACGAAGUUCACUCCACAGUGUAUAGAUGUAAAUUAAAAAACUUAGUCGGUACUAUCUUAAGCCGGGAGGUGCAUGUUAAAGGAGUUGUGAACCAAAAAUACAACAUUCAGGUGCACGAUGAGUAUGUGAUGUCGGGGAAUACGGCCGUUUUGAAGUGUCAGGUGCCAAGCUACAUACAAGACUACGUGGUAGUAACGGCCUGGGUACAAGACUCGGGCGUCCAUCUUUACCCAAACACGGACAUCGGUGGCAAAUAUAUCGUCCUGUCGAAUGGCGAUCUGUACAUCAACAAUGCCGGUGCAAGCGAUGCGUACAAAACGUACUCAUGCAGAACUGUAAAUAGAUUAACAGGUGAAAUACAAAUUUCAACAUAUCCAGGUCGAGUGAUAGUGACCGAACCGAAAGGAUUAGUACAACCUAGAAUUAACGUGGAGAAACACUCACUCAAGCACGUGGUAGUGAACGCACCCGUCACGCUGCCCUGUGUCGCCCAGGGCCAUCCGGUACCGACGUACCGGUGGUUCAAGGAGGUAAAGGACCAAAUCAUGCCACUGCAACUGAACGAACGCAUCAGCAUCGUGUCGGCGGGUUUGCUCAAGAUCGCCAAAGCACGGCUCGAGGACAGUGGGAAGUAUCUCUGCUGGGUGAACAAUACUGCUGGGGAGGAAACGAUACAGGUAUCGUUGACGGUGACGGCGCCGUUGACCGCCCAUCUACAGCCCCAGGUACAAACGGUCGAUGUGGGUAAGGAUGCACAGUUUCAGUGCAUCAUAUCUGGGUUUCCUGCCCACGAGGUGCUGUGGAUGCACAACGGUAAGCCGAUCGUGCGGGACAGUCGGAUCGAGAUCUAUACCGAUGUGCCACGGAUAGUAAUAAAGAAUGUGCAGAAGGAGGAUCAAGGCAUGUAUCAGUGCUUCGUCGCCAACGAAUGGGAGCAGAUUCAGUCGACGGCCGAGUUGCAGCUUGGUGAUGCUACUCCAGAGCUGCUUUACUGGUUCUCGGAACAAACGCUACAACCGGGACCGACGGUAUCACUCAAGUGCGUGGGUACCGGCAACCCGCCACCGCAGUUCACUUGGAAGCUAGAUGGAUUUCCGAUUCCCGAUAGUCCCCGGUUUGUCGUCGGUCAGUACGUCACCAUCCACGACGAUGUCAUCAGUCACGUUAACAUUUCCAACGUGAAGGAGGAGGACGGUGGUGAAUACACGUGCGUGGCACAGAACAGCAUAGGAAAAGUGUCACACAGUGCCAAAGUGAACAUUUACGGGCUUCCAUACAUACGCGAGAUGCCAAAAAUUACUGGCGUUUCGGGGCACGAUCUCAUCAUCAAGUGUCCAGUCGCCGGUUACCCGAUCGAUAAGAUUCACUGGGAGCGUGAUGGACAAACGUUACCGAUCAAUCGACGUCAACGGGCAUACAACAAUGGUACACUAAUAAUCGAGCAGCUACAGCUAGCGGAAGAUGCCGGAACGUACACCUGUAUGGCACAGAACAAACAAAAGCAGACGGCACGGCGAAACGUCGAGAUACAGGUGAUUGUACCACCGAAGAUCAUGCCUAUACAGGCGAUGACCAAUAUGCUCCGCGAAGGAAUGCGUGCCGCGAUCUCGUGCCAAAUCUUGGAAGGUGAUCUGCCAGUUAAUUUCCGCUGGGAACGUAAUGGCAAACCGGUGCUCGGUACCGGUAACGAGGUGAUUCGACGGUUAGACGAAUACAGUACAAGUCUUGUGAUCGAACAUAUUACGUCGGAAUAUUCGGGGAAUUAUACGUGCAUCGCUAGCAAUGUGGCAGGGAGUGAAAGCUUCACGGUGCCACUUACCGUAAACGUUCCACCGAAGUGGAUUCUAGAGCCGAAAGAUUCGAGUGCCCAGGCGGGGCAGGAUGUGGCACUGCACUGUCAGGCCGGUGGACAUCCACAGCCGACCGUAACGUGGAAGAAAGCGAUCGGUAACACACCGGGCGAAUAUAAGGACUUUCUGUACGAGCCAAAUGUAUCGUUGCAUACUAACGGGACGUUACAGUUCCGUAAGAUAGCUAAAGAUUCGCAGGGUCACUUCUUGUGCGAGGCAAAGAAUUCCAUCGGUACCGGUGUUAGUAAGGUUAUAUUCCUUAAAGUUAAUGUGCCUGCCCAUUUUACCACCAAAAACAAGCAAAUCACCUCACCACGGAACAAACAAAUUCACAUCCAGUGUAACGUGCAGGGCGACAAUCCUAUUGACAUUAAGUGGAAGAUGCAGAGUUCCCAACAACAACUAGACGAAUCGCUCGACAAUCGAUACAACAUCCGGGAGCAGGUGCUGGACGAUGGGAUGGUGUCCGAACUCGGCAUUUCCCACACCUAUCGACAAGAUACCGGUGUCUACAUCUGCCAAGCAUCUAACGCUUUCGGUCAGGAUGAGAUGUCUAUCCACCUGGUAAUACAGGAAGUGCCUGAAGCACCAAAGAACCUGCGCAUCAACUCGCAACAGUCACGCACACUCCAGCUCUCCUGGAGCCAACCGUUUGCCGGUAACAGCCCAAUCGAGAAGUACAACGUGGAGUAUAAACUGGUAACGGAACCGUGGCAAUCAGCGGAACACAUAACCGUCGCCGGUACUCAAACCGUUAUUACGCUGCAAAAUCUUAAACCAGCCAAAGCGUAUCAUUUGCGUAUUUCGGCCGAAAAUAAACUCGGCGCCUCUGAGUACUCGGAAGUGAUCCAGGUGACUACACUGGAGGAAGUACCUUCGGGGCCACCGCUCAAUAUCAAGGGUGAGCCAAAGAGUUCUACCGAAAUCUUUCUCUCAUGGGAAGCUCCCGAUCGGGAUCAGUGGAAUGGGAAUUUAUUGGGCUAUUACGUCGGCUAUCAGGUGGCAGCCAAUCCUAACGAUCGUGAGAUCAAUCCGACGCAGGGCUUCAACUUUAAAACGGUUGAAGUGCGAAGCCAUUUUGGUGGUGAAACAACGCUCCAGAAUCUAAACAAGUGCACCAACUACAAUAUAGUCGUGCAGGCAUACACUAGCCAAGGUAGUGGACCACCGAGCAAAGAAAUCUCGCUCGGCACUCUCGAGGAUGUACCGUCCAGUGCACCAGACAGCCCAAAAUGUGACGUACUUAGCUCGACGUCCAUCUAUAUCACCUGGUCACCACCGCCGGUUGAUGGACAGAAUGGCAAGAUACGGGGAUAUAAAGUUUCCUACAUCGAAAUGGAUGACCUUUAUGAAAAGGAACCGUACACAUCGAAAACGAACAACCAGUAUCUAACGCUGGAGAACUUGAAGAAGUUCACCAAUUACACGUUCUGGGUGUUGGCAUUCACUAAAGUUGGAGACGGCGUGCGAACUAAUCCUUUUCAUUGCAUCACUCAGGAGGACGUUCCAAGUGCUCCGAGUGCGCUGAAAGCGGUCCCUUCAUCCAGUACUAAAAUCAUCAUCUCUUGGUUACCACCUGCCCAUCGGAAUGGUCUUAUCACCGGUUACACCUUCUACAUGGUACUGGUCGAUGGUGGUCGUGACGAAGGAACUCACAAACGCUCGUUAGUGCCGUACGCCGAAAGCCAUGAGACGGUACGGUUGCAGGAACACGCCACCUACCAGUUUUGGCUUACCGCCUCUACGAAGGUUGGUGAAGGUGAAAAGUCCGAAGUGAUCACGGUACCACCCAACAACAAAGUGCCCGCCAGAAUCGUUUCCUUUAGUCAAGAGAUUGUAACACCUUGGAAGGAAACAUUGAUACUACCCUGUCGGAAAGUGGGUGUGCCAGCACCGGUCACCAUCUGGCGACAGGACGAUCAACCAAUGGAUACAGGGACGCGCAAACUGAUCGCAAAGAAUGGAACACUCUACAUCAAGGACUGUCAGCACUCGGAUGCGGGGAAUUAUACGUGCAGUGUGGAAAAUACCUGGGGCAGGGAUGAGAUCGUGUAUCGGAUUCGAAUACGUGUACCACCCGAUCCACCCACCCUAACGAUCGUCAACACGUACACCGACAGUCUGUUGCUAGAGUGGACCGACAAUCGGAACGGUGGUUCACCCGUGCUUGGGUACGUCAUCAACUACAAGCGUGAGAACGGCGACUGGGAGGAGUUGCAGAUUGAUUCCAAAACCAACACACAUUUGCUGGUUAAUCUGUGGUGUGGUACACGCUACCAACUGUACAUUACCGCGUACAACAAGAUCGGUACCGGGCUACCGUGCGACAUUGUCCAUUCGCACACGAAAGGAUUACCGCCGGUGCAGCCGAAACAUUCGCAAAUGAUCACCAAUAAUUCUACCAGCGUGACUUGUUGGCUUGAUUCCUGGGGUGAUGGUGGUUGUGGUAUACUGCACUUCUCCAUCGAAAAUCGGCUGUAUGGUCGAGCACAGUGGAACAUGAUCGCAAGCCAUGUGGAAGCUACGGAGCGCAUAUUUACCGUAACCGAGCUGCAGCCGGCCACCAAGUAUCAGUUGCGCGUUACGGCCUAUAAUAAUGCUGGGGCAACGAUGGCCGUUUACAACUAUACCACACUCACCGUACAGGGCGUGAUGGUGUAUCCGGACAUAACUAACCCAGUAUCGCCACACAUGGGUGAGAAUCCGUUCUAUGCCAACUUUAAGGUGAUCUUACCACUUUGCCUAUCGAUUUUGAUACUGUUUGCCCUUGUCGCUGCCGCGCUUCUGAUACGCAAGAGAAAGCUCAACAAUCAGAACCGAAUUCCAUCAACUUCAAUGUCGGAGUCACCGUCUAUCGCUAACAUCCAGAACAAGCACAACCGGGACCAGCAGUAUCUAGCGGUGCGGGCUCAGCAAGCAAGCCGUAACAGUAACUCCGUUGACUCGGGCAGCUAUAAAGCCGAGGGAAAUGAGUAUAUUGAAGACAUUUGCCCGUAUGCAACCUUUCAGCUGAACAAGCAAACGUACAGCGAAAGUUCAUACAGUGGAAAUGUCUACAGUGGACCAUAUCACUCGGUAAGAGGAUCAUUUGUGUAUCAUGAUGUUAAAACCGAAAGCUAUCAUAACAAAGAGCCCGAAUAUACGAAAGUGCGCAGAAAGGGCGGAUCUCGGCUCCGAGAUCCGGCCACCUCGGAACCAAUAGAAUAUGAUACACUCGGUUCCGAAUCUGACAACGAUAUUGCCUCGCGUUCCAACCAGUCCAACUACCGUCACCAUCGUGACACGCAAGACGAAACGUCUUCGUCUUCCGAAAAUUCACCCUCGAGCAUAUCGAGGAAAUCCAAACCACCCUAUCCACCGAGAAAAUCUGCCAAAGCACAGUCGCAAAACCUACCGAAGCGGCACGUGCGUAGCUCUAGCGGGUACUCUAGCCACAACGAAGAAACUACUUUCAGUAUAUCGAACUAUCCUAACUACUCCGAUCAUAUAACACCGCCGGCCCGUUUUUCGGACCUGCUCGGUCGGGACGCAACGCUCGCCGUAUCGUCCGUUAACCCAUCCAGCUUGGGCAGUGCCACGGAGAUCGGUAGCAAUGUGGUGGGCAAAAAGUCGAGCAACCAUUCGCCCCGACCGCGUGCCAAUCAGAAGCUGCAACGGGAAGCGUUUCAGAUCAAUGUGUAAAAGUCAUCUGUCAUACUGCCGCAGUACAACGAAAGUACGACGAAUAUCCCGACAUCCUCGCUUAGUGCCCGGUACAUCUUCCAUCAAACAGUCGGUUACACCCAACAAAUGAUUGUUCGCAUUAGCAUAAGUGUAAGAAAAAUCGAACUAAAACUAGCUGAACUACAUCAACAAGACACACAUUCCCGGACAACCCCCCCUCAAAAAGCCAAAAUGGACAACGUUUUUUCAUCAACAGCCAACCUUGGAAAAUGAGUGUUUUAUACGUAUAUUUUUAUAGCAUAUUAUCGAACUUCUGCGCAUAAGAUACAUACACCCCAAAAACGUACACACCUCAGAUAAAACAGCCAUUAAUCAACCAUGCAUCACUAGAGUUCAUUUUGCUUUACCACAAACAUAUAGUCAAACAGGAGUCAAACCUAAUAAGUACGAGAAUUGAAUAUACAAACUGAACAAAGGCGAACUAAAACAUACAGCUAGAAACAAAUCGGCAAAUGACAAAUUUCAAAGCGAUAGUAUAAUUGUUAGUAAAUGAGAAACUAACGCAGGAGACCAGUCUACAACAGAGUAAAACUAAACAGCCAAACAGUGAGCGAAAAGUGGUUGAACAAAUGACAUACGUAUAUAGAAAAAUCCCCCACUAGAUAGUAUUGUUGGAAGAAUGAUAAAAAAAUGCGCAAACAAAUUGAUUAGAACAUAAAACGAAACACACGCAUUGCACUCUCAAAGAGAUGUAGACUAAUGAAGGCCCCAAAAAAAAGGAAUGUCUUUUUCUUAAGGUUGGUACAGCAGAUCGCGCUCUACUCUUUCACUGAACUGGAUCAUUAUCCCUAGCUCCACUUCAUUGCGCAUUGUUACGGUUUGUCAAACUCGAUCCAAUAGUUUACUACACAAUUCUGUUCCCUAUUUGUCGCUUCAAAGAACUGGACCAAAUGUCUCUGGUACGUUACAAUUUUCGCAUUCUGCCAAAAACAUUAAUUCUAGUGUGUUAGUUAUCGAUGAACACGUUUACAGGGUUUCUUAACGCGCGACCGUGGAACCGAAAGCUUCGGCCAAAAACAUUUCCACAAACAUUUCCAUAUGUAAAGUGAGCAAAAGGAUCACGCUUGUUAUGAAAAGCACUCGUUAUGAAUUGGAAAUUAAAUAAGAUUCUUACAAAGACAAAGGUUACACUUGCAGGAUCAGAUGCACAUGUUCUUACAUUAACUUAUUGAGAAAGUGAUUUACAAUGUGUAAAGUUUAAGUAAAGUUUUAAAACGCAACCUUCACGGUAAUGAUAAGUAAGAGAAUGUAUUUCGUUAGCUUAAUAGCUUAAAGCUUUUACUUUUUGAGACUGCAAUCAUAAUUGGCCGUUUUCCCCCCCAGGACCAUGCUUAAUGUACAUAAGAAGCUGGCGUUUAAUGAAGAAUUAAACAAGAAAGACGACUUAGCGAAACAAGCAGACAAGAGCACGAUACAUACAAGAUUAAACAUUAUUUGCCUCUCGUUUUCAUUGUCGCAUUGCAUUAAGUUAUUCUGGCUAAGUUUAAUUUUCUUAUCUACCAUUUUAGCAGUGCCUUGUACCACACGACACAUGACAGCUGACUUGCUGCACUUGGGCAAUUAUGAAGAUUUUGUUCCUUUUUUCCCCUUCAAACAAUUAAAUAACGAGUAAAACAUGUUAAAGCUCGUUAUGUUAUGCAUUUUAAAUCAUAAAUCAAUAUCAACGCAUUAACAUUGCUUCAUUGUACCAAUGAAAAUGAAUAGUUAAUUUAAACUGGUUUUGAUUAUUUACAAUUUCACCUUACUUAACUUUUUCUGUUUUCCAUCUUCAUCCAUUUUUAUACAAAAACACUAUUCUCGAACUGACCACUGACAGCAGUAAACACUAAUAGCCCCUUUUACAAUACUAUAACGUACUAAAGAAGAUGCACACCCACUACUCCGAAAAUAACAUAUCCCGAUGAGUGUAUGAAGUGAACUGAAUUCCAUUAAAAUCGUUGCUUUUUGUUACCAUUUAUCUUUCUUGCUUGACACCAUUCAAACUGUUAUCCGGAUAAAGCUUCCUUUAUGCUUUCAUAUACAAACCAGCUAAGAAACAAUUGCUACACAUCUGGUGUUGUAGUUUAAGGAAAGGAAAAAAAAUAGCCAAACUCAAACUCCAACACCCUUGACACAUAAGUAAUACAACAAAUGCAAACUCCAAAAAAAAAGCAAAACAACCGAAAGCCUAGCGUAACUGUGCGGGAUGUUGUAAACCCACUAGCCAGUAAGUGUUGCCGUCUUUGCCAGUGAUCGACCAGAGAGACAGUUAGUAGAUAAAGUUAGCAGAAAAAACGGUUACGUAAAAAACAAACGUCGGUGCGUGUAUGCAGAACUAGGCUAAACAAAGUAAAUGAAUACAAUGAGACAAUAUCGAAUGAACCCAUUCCAGGUGUGUAGAGUGCGUAAAACAUGUAAAGCGGAACGACUGUGUUGAACGAUCUGUUCGUUAAGUUGCUGAACAUUUUCCGUUUUUAAUCGAUCGAUACGAUAAGAUACAUGUUAUAUUUGUAUAUAAGUAUAUUUAUAGAACGAAAGAUGGGGAAUGAAAAAUAAAACACUGGGCCAAGUUCCAGGUAGGAAGCAGCAAAGCACACUAAGAGAUAGAUUUUCUCCGUCUGGGAUUAGGUCUUUGGAAGGAUUUGGUUCCAUGAACGUUACGCUAAAUGAAAAAGCAAACAUUACAAUAAACAGAUUGCCAACCUCAGCGAGAGAGACUCUUCUACACCGAACUACAAUAUUGCAAACUAACCAAAAAAGAAACACUAAGAAAAAACGAAAGUAUUAAAAAAUGCCAUUGAUAUCUGUUUUUUUUAAUCAUUUGCAUCCUGACACGUGCAUUUAACAAAAAAAAAACACAUUCACACAUCAUCAUAUAGCCAGACGACAAACUACCAUUAACCCUUCCGGCGGAACUGCUUACAAACAUCACAAAAAAUCUCCGAUUCAUGCAAGGUUAUUCGAAAAGAGCAACCGUAAUACGAUCCAUCUUUCUCAUGUACAUCUUUGCAAUGAUAAAACAGAUCAUUAUGUAAAUUAUGAACACGUAAUGACGAUCGCAGAAGAAACUUUUGAACGAGUAAAGAACACACAACAACAGCAAAAAAAAACGAAAGCUAUAUUUCGUGACAUUUUGAGCGAAAAGUGAAACAAUUUAAGGAAUCGAUUUUAAAUGGAUGCAUGUUGGAACUUAAAACGGAACUACAAAGAAACAAUAGAAUGAAUAUCAGUCUACAAACGAAAAUGAUAAAAUAAAGCACGAUAAGAAUACGAUGAAUAAAAA